UUUUUGGCACAAGGGAGGGGACAAAUCCUGUGUGGCUCUGGCAUCGAUUAUUCGCCCUGUUGCUACACAGGCUUCCUGACCCUGACACUAGCUGCUAGCUGCAUUUCUUGGACGGCUUUAUCCUCGGCUAGCCUGUGAACUGAUUCAAGACUUCGGCACAACCAUGUCUGAGGGUGUUGAAGGCGUGAAAACCUUGGAGGAACAGGAAAUGCAGGACAAAGUCAUCAGCCUUGAGAAAGAAGAAGUGGCUAAACUGAAGGCCAGGUAUCCUAAUCUAGGGGCCAAGCCCGGUGGCUCAGACCUCUUCAGGAAAAGACUUCAAAAAGGGCAAAAGUAUUUUGACUCUGGGGAUUACAACAUGGCCCAAGCUAAAAUGAAGAACAAACCUGAGACUGAGAUCACAGGAGGACACAUUCCAACACCUCAGGACCUGCCUCAGAGAAAGACUUCCAUAGUGGCCAGCAAACUAGCGGUUUGAUAUCACUUUCACAGCUUUGCUACCAUUCCCACUUUAAACUUAUCUGCUUUUUUUUUUUUUUUUACCUUUGCCAUUGACAAACUGUGACUUAACAAUCCCCCCAAACAUUUCAAGAUCUUAACUGACUGCUAAAAUAUAAACUUAGAUUUGAUUUAACAAAUUGUUUGCUUUUAAGGGUUAUGUGCUUUCAUAUUUGUCUAAUAGCAAAAACAGAGCUGAUGCGGAUGUUCACAUCAUUGCAAAUACGUCUUUUAUUUUGAAAGUCUGUUAAAAUUAUGUGCCUUCAAAGUGCAAAAAACUUCAGUUCAAGUUCAUAACAUUAAUUUACAAUGACAUGCUGCUGAACUUUACCUCAUCCAAACCUUAAAAAUGGCCUUAAAAGUAAUGAACCUUUGUUCCUCUCAAGCAAUAUUUGCUGUCUCUGUGAGAAUCUUGGCAGUCUGAAAUAUUCUUUGCCGUCUGACAGAAUUUUGAUUGGGAUUUCAUGAGAAGAAACUUCCAGGAUGUCUGGAGUGUGCAUGUGCAUUUAGUCUUCAAACACUGUAUGUUUUUGUAUGUAAAUAAAUUUUUUUGCAUAAUAUUUAA